AUUCACAAUCCAUUCACAAAGCAAUUGAAAGAAGAAAGAACCCUUGUGACAGACAGGGAUCGAAUAACUGAAGAUGGCUACGUCUUCCAAAUUUCCUCUCUACCUCGCUGCGUUGCUGCUUCUAUCUGGGUUUGCGGUGUCAAUUGUGGCGGAAGUGACGCCACCAGCUUGCAAAAGGGAUGUGGAUUGCCUUUGGUAUUGCGAGCGGAUCCAUCAGGGACUUGCUCUUUGCGACGACAAAACUGGCUUUUGCAUUUGCCUGCCCAGAGGCGACGGC